UAUAAAAUAUAUUCGAGCGACUGGUUUCCACGUCAGACAGACUGAAGCCCAAACACCUGGAGGCGGAUAAUGUUUAAGUUUACCGCUGGAGUGAGAAGUUAAAGACGUUUUCUCGAAGUUUCUCUGACAUUUACAAAUGGAUUCAGGCAAAGUGUUGCACAGAAGGAAACGGGACAUUCCUGUAAUCCGACCAGGAGCAUCAGAUGAGCACCAGCUUCUCCAACAGGUCAGUGCUAAAAGUCUUGAACUCAGUAAGGUGAUUCGUCUUCUUGAAGAUCCUUUGACUGCUAACUUGAAGGAGCGCCACCUUUUUGUCCUGAAGAAACUCCUGAAGAGAAGCCAAAUUGGUUUCCUUUUGAAGGACCUGACAGGUGUAGCCAAAAUACUCAACAUCUGUGCUGAGAAGGGGAAGGAUCACCCUGAGUAUUUAUCCAUUUUAUGUGAGGCGCUAGAAAUUUGUGGACUCCCCUUCCUGAAGGAGAAAUCAUCUGAUGAGCUGACAUACGCCAAGGACCUCAUAGAGUUCCUCUCUCACAUGGGGUGUCUGAUGAGGGUGUCAGAUGUUGAAGUGAGACAGCAGAUAGUUGAAUCGGUGAAAUCAUUCUACAGCUGCGUGGCCCCCAAACAUCUGCUGGAUGGUACGGCCCGUCUCACAAAGACAAAGCCUCGGACUCUCCCCUCUGAAAACCGAUUUUCUAGACUUUCACUAAGACUCCAGCCAACCUCUCCAGGCUACAGGCUGCAGCUCCUGGAGCGCAGUGACCUGGCUCAGACGUUGCUCCUCGCCAUGGCCGCGUUGGAGAACCAGACCGCCAUCAAGCUGCAGCUCCUGCAGACUCUUCUGAUCCUCUCCGGCUCCUCUGAUUUGAACUGUGCAUCGAUGCUAAGAGCGGGAGGAGCAGGGACGAUUUGUCUCCACAUGAACGAACCCGAUGCAUCUGGUCAGGUUCUGUUCUGCUCCUCUGAAAUCCUCUGGAACCUCCUGGAGCGAGGCAACAAGGCGGAGGUCACUGCGCAGCUCAGCAGCAUGGAGUGUGUCAUAUCUCUAAAAGAGGCAUUUCUUUACAAGCUGAUUAAUGGUGUCAAUCAUUCUGACCUCCAACUCCGAAAUGACCUGCUGGUGAUCACAACUCUCCUUGCCGAUAACCCGAACUCUCUGCUCAUUGAAAGUCUGUUUGCCAAACAGCUUGUUGUUCUCGCCACAUUUCCAGAACGGAAAAGCCAAAACUCUUUGCUUGGUGACCUCAAACUCAACUUCAAUAACGAUGACUUGAAAAUGAAGAAGCUUCUGCUGAACCUGUUGGUUUUAAUGUCAAAGGACUUAAGUGCCCUGCAGCUCUAUAAAGACGAAAUGGUUAUGUUGUCUCUCCUGAUGCUCGUGAAGCCGCCUGCUGCCUCCUCUGGGCGGCGGUCCGGUUCACGCUGCUGGUCCUCCAUCCAGCAGGAGGAGCUCAUGCUGCAGGCGCUGGCCACCCUGGCUACCAUCGCUCCCCUCAUGUUGGAUGAUUUUAUGACAUGUCAGGGAAAUGUGUGUCUGCUGCUCGUGCUGGACUGGUGCGUCACACAAGAUUCUUACUUUGGUCAGGGUCACAGCUUUCAUGGCACAGGAGGACGAGGCAGUAAGAAGGCUCAGAUGAGGCAUUGCAUCCGAGUGCUGAGAUCUGUGACGUCAUUAGGUGAAGAGUCGGUCAACCAGGACCUUUGUGAUCAAGGACUCAUCCACCAGCUCGUGGGGGUUUUGAUGCAGAUGGAAGCAAGUCCUGAUGAAGAGGAUAUAGUCACUGUGGAGAUUAAGUCAGAUAUUCAACUAAUACUGUCUGCGCUGUGUGAGAGCGACAUGCACAGAAAGGAGCUGUUUGGAUCAGAGGGAGUCGAGAUGACCGUUCACUUCUUGAAGAAAGGCUCCGACAAGUUCUACAGCGGUCUGGGACACAACAAACUCAUCCUGUCCACAGUGGACUGUGUCUGGUCCUGUAUUGUUGGCUGCUACACCACAGAGGAUUACUUUCUGGCUAAAGAGGGAGGCUUUCUUCUCUUGGAGCUCCUCAGUUCAAGCCCCAGAUGUGUUCAUUGCAACAUCCUCGCCGCCCUCCUGGAGCUUUGUGACAACCCGAACACGCUGUCCCACAUCCUGAGCUGGAGGGGCGACGGCGGUCAGACGGCGCCUGGACUCCUGCUGCAGCUGUGGAGGGAGGAGGAGGAGGAGCUCAAAGUCAGCAGGAACAAACACGGAGGGAUCGCAGAUCCCAAGAGACCCAUCCUCAGCGUGUACCAGGGCGAAGACCCACAGCUGUCGUUUUCUUCUAAUGAACCGAGUCCAGCAGUGCUGGAGUUAGCAGAGAGUCUACGCUCAAAGAUUUACUCCAUCUUCUGCAAACUUGGUUUCCAGGACCUUCCUGGUUUGUCAACAAAACAUUUUGUGACCAUGAGUGUCGUCAGGAGAUAUCUGGACUUCAAGGUCGGCGAGGUGUGGGACGAGAUCAGCAGAGAGCUGAGUUCAGAAGGUGUGAGGCCGAUCUCUCCGGAUGAGGAGGCUCUGAGCACGAUCUGUAAGAUUGCAGAGGACACAGCGAGGAGGGUGGUAGCAGAACAGAACAGCAUCCUGGAGCAGCGGAGGAAAGAGGAGGUCAGCGAGGAGGAGCUCGUGUACUCUGAGAUUAAAUCUCAUUGGAAGCAGCGAGAGCUCACAGCCAAGACCUGGGACAACUACGUUUCCAAAACUUCAAACUUUGACACCCUGAAGGAAAUCAAAGCACAGAGGGAGAAACAAAGUGAAUCCUGCAGACCCAAACCUGAGGAUGCUGCAGGUCGUCUCACACAGCAUUUCAUCGGUAAGGUCGUAGCUGUAGAGACCACUGACGCUCCGGGACCGGCAGGAGUGAAAGUGACGAUCGCCAGAGCUUCCAUCAAUUCUGCGGGUCAGGACCGAGAGGGAGCAGCAAGACACGACCAAGAGUACUUCAGCACGGUUUCUGUAAAAGACUGAUAACAGCAAAGACUCUGAUUCAAUACAAACCCUGUACAUUAAUACUGCAUCUUUAUUUUUAUUUUCAAAUCUUACAAACACAGCACAAUCAUGCAUCGUCGUUUCUUUAAGAGCAGAUUCAGUCAAUAAUGGAGAGUUUUGUGUGACUUUUGCAGAACAUGUAGACGUGAGGUCACUGGAUGUGCACAAUCAGCAUCUUGUAGUCUAGUCCACCUCUGACACCCUUAUAUGGACACAGACACACACAC